GCUCUCGUCUUUUUUGGGGAGAGAAAAUAAAACCGCAAGUGUCUCAUGACGAAAAGCAGAGAACCGGCGGCUCGUCUUUGACAAGCGCUGGCAUUAUCUCGCCAGGCUGCAAUAUUUACAACCAGGAACUGCUGAAGAGGAAGGCUUUAACUUCAGUCGUUUGGGGGAGGGAAUCCAAUGAAAGGAGAGUGCGUAAGUUUCUUAUUCGUCAAAUUGCUUGGUGACUUUCUGCGGAAAUUGCACUGUCAUCGUUCAAUUUCACCUUAUUGAGAAGUGUUGCGUGUUUCUGCAUCAAACCUGUGGGCCGUGUCCUGUGCCAUGCUCCAGUUUUGAUUUUGCGUCUACACACUCCCAACGCCGGAGAAACGGCGGCCUGAAACGCAGCACGUACCAGCAUGUGAACUUACCCCGAGUUUGCAGCCCUGGGUUCCUCUUUGAAGCCAAUCGCGUACGGAUCAUGGACUGAGUGAGCGAGUGAGCAUCUCCGCAGUUCUGAGAUAACAAGGUGUACAGCUGGAUGAACACAGCAGGCCAAGCAGCAUCAGAGGAGCAGCAAGGCUGACGUUUCGAGUCUGGACCCUUCUUCAGAAAAUCCUUUCCGCAGUUCUUUUUGCUUUUUUUUAUUGAGUGUCUUGGGAUUAGACUGCCUUUUUUUUAGUAAAAGAAAUCCCUUGACCCAGCGAUUGCUGAAUUCUCUCCCUCCUCCAUCUCUCUCCGCCCCACCUCCCAAGCUCAUCCAGGAUUCACCCUCCCAUUUCUCAGGACAAGAGAUCUUAGUAUUUGCAGUGGGAGGAGCUGGGGGAGGGGACGUUUUUCUGCCUUUCUGAUUUGUGGCUGCCUGAUGUUGAGUGGCGGUUUGGGAGGGGGGGUUGGUGCGGUCAGCAAGGUUAUGCUUUAAGUUGUCUGCUGCUUCUUCAAAUACAAACUGGACCCGUCCUCUUACUGCAGCUCCCUGGCUCAUCUCUCCACAACCUUCACUAACCAGCUAGCUGGAACUCACCUUCCGCUCGCUCUCAGCGUUGUCAUUGGCGUCACUAAGUUUGUGUGCAGGCUGCUUGGAUUUUCUUUUUCCUUCUGUCUCUGGUCGUUUCAUCCCCCCCGUACGGUGUGUACAAAUGAUGUCUGCAGUCUCGGUGCACAUUUAUGAGAAACCCUAUCCACCACACGCAUAGAUACAAAAUAUGGUGAUAGCUCUGCAUUGCAAUUGCUGCCGGGGUUGAAUUUUUUUUGUACAGAUCCCUCUGUAAAAUCUACCUUUUUCCACCCCGGGACUCCUCAGUCUGUGCCUCAUGGAGAAGUCGGCCGCCACCUCAGGGCUAUGCAUGCCGCGGAAUUUCAGCUGCAUCGCCGGUUUGUCAGGGAGCUUGGCCGAGGAGUGUGUCCUGGCCUCGAUGGGAGACGGGGAGAACUGCAAACGCCAGGGUCAGGCCGACAAGCAACGCAGCCGGGAAGGAGCCAGCGGCAGCAACAAGACCCCGAGCCCCGGGCAGAGGAGACGGGCCAAGUCCCUGCCGGCUCCCGGGGGCCGAGCGGUCACCGUGCUGACCCGGGCAAGGAGCAAGAAGGUUCGCUUCGCCGACUCGCUGGGUCUGGAGCUGACCACCAUCCGCCACUUUUGCGACGCCGAGGUACCCCACGUCCCCCAGAGGGUGAUGGCCAGGCUCCGGGAGCAACCCCCCGACCACCUGCUCAGCAACAACAUGAUGGCCAUGUUUCUGGACAGUCCCACUCGCCUCCUGGAGCCCCUGUUCAGCAACCCGGGCAGCUCGCCUGACUUCGAGCACAGGCUCCGGCACGACCGCGUUUGCCUGGAGAGCAUCUCCACCGACCAGUUCAGCGUCCUGGGGCUGGUCAAGGUGGUCAACAUUGCCUACGAGAAGCAGGUGACGGUCAGGUACACCCUCAAUCAGUGGGACUCCUACAUGGACGUCGCUGCCGCCUACGCCGAGCAGUCCGCGGACCGGAGCACGGACACUUUCUCCUUCAAACUGGUGGCCCCCGUCUUCCUUGACACGGGGGGCACCCUCCAGUUCGCCAUCCGUUACUUGGUGGCGGGCCGGGAGUACUGGGACAACAACAAGGGCUCUGACUACCAGGUAAGAAGCCACAAGUUCAAAAUCUCCCCACCAAAAGACUGGGAAAACGGCUGGAUCCACUUCAUUUGAAAAAAAAAGGGGCAAGAAGAUGUUCCUAUCUCUACCAGAGCCUGUACUAUUAAUUUAGCAUGUCAUUUGUGGUCACGAUGAGAGAUGAGGUUCUAAUUUUGUUUGUUUCAAGCUCUUCAACUGUUAUCACUUUAAAAGAUGGACAUUAAUUCAGUUUUGCGUUUUUUAAGAAAAAAGAAAGAACUGUUUUUAUUGGGAAAGUUGGUCACAAUUUUUUAAAGUCAGCAGUUAACUUGAGUUUGUUUUUUGUUUGGGAAGGGAUUCCUGUGUUUCUCCAGCACUUUAAAAAAAAAUUUGCUGAUGUUUAUGUGACCAGGUUUUCCUCAGCACCAAUGAGUAACAGGAAACCUAUGCAAAGAGAGGAAAAAUAUGAGAUCACGUCCAGUCUACAGCCAUAGAUCGAUAGAGAUAGGGGUUAGCUUCUGUUGCAGAAGGCAUCUUAGACGUGGAUAAUAUUUUUAACUCUUUUUAAUGCACUUUGCAGUUCCAAAGUGACACUUUCUAUUCAUUGUACAGAGACCAAUGUAGCUCAUUCUCAAAGCAUAAUACGACUAAUAGCAUUUUUAUAGAAGAAAAAGUGUCUUAGUAAACCAUUAAGUUUUCACUUCUGCAAGCAUGCUAUAAGUCAUAUCAACACACACCAUGAAGCUAUUUCCUCCAGCUUUUAUCCCUUUCCAGUGACUGGCUGUAAUCCAGAGCUGUGACCUGAUUAACCUUUCAGUAUUGAGAAAGGCACUGUCAAGGAGUUAAAUAUUGUUCUUAGGACUAAAGGGAUCAGAGGGUUUGGGGGAGAAAGUGGGCACGUGGAAGUGAUUUGGAUGAUCAGCCCUGAUCAUAUUGAUUGAUGGAGCAGGCUCGAAGGGCUAAAUGACUGACUCCUAGUCCUGUUUUCUACGUUUCUAUAACAAUGAAGGCCAAAGCAAGUUGAUUAUAAUGACGUUGAGGAAGUUAGGAGAAGGGGAAGUGGUGCCAAAUGUAGAUGUAUUAGAUGAAAGUUUAAAGACUAGUGAAGUAAACUGCCAGAGAAACAAAUUGUAAAAAGGUUACAAUGGAAUCGAUAGUUAACCUAAUACUUUUUCAGUCAGAUGACAGAUUUAGAUCUGGUAAAAUAAAAGUAUGUGCUUUGAUUAGUCCAAGUUCUGGGACAUUUCCAUUUCUAGAAAUGGUAUGGUAAAGAACAUAACAGAGGAUAUUAGGAGUUUGAGAAUUUAAGAAAGUCGGCGCACAUAGAAGUUGUGUCCUGUUGCAAUGGUGUGGUUGGGGAAAGAGAAUAGACAACACUAUGCUGUGCACAUUCUUUGAUGAAGAUAUAAAUGUCUUUUCUAUGACUGGUUUUAAUUUAUUCGCUGUUAGAAUAUAUUUGUUUACUUCUCAGUAAACAAAUGCUUAAAUUCUAAAUAAAGGGAAACAUUUAAACAGGUGUCAGUAUUAGUUUAACUCCAGAAAUAAUCUCUUAUUGCAUCUGUUGCCCUGGCUUGUAAAAUGGUCUGUUCCUUGCAAUGUCACUGUGUCAUUGUAAAAACAUAAAGUGCACACUUGUGUUGGAUGAAUCUCCUGGAAAAUGCUGCAUGUUUUAUUUUUAACCCCUAUUUUGUGCUGGAAUGGCCUCAGCAUUGCUUAUACCUUUAUCUGUAAUUUGAUUCCGCCAUUUCUAUGAGGAAAUAAUGUUAGAGCUAAAAUAACCAACUAUAUAUUAUACAUGCAUCUGUAGAUGGAGGUGAUUUUCUGAUGCAGUGAUAGUGUCUCUGCCAUCCAACCAGAAGCUCUGGAUUGAAUUCUCACUUAUUGGCCAUUGGAGGUGCUGUCUCGUAUGGUCAAGCAGGUUGAUUAUCAGCCUGUAAGUUCUUUCACUGUGCCUGAUGAUAGCUAGUAAGAGUUGGACAGUUUUCUGAUGAACCAUCCUGCAGAAGGCAAAUUACUGCUGUACUUUGCUGUUAAAUGUGGAGCAAUCCUUGGAGAUGAGGGCAGGAAAAAUGAUAGAAAGACUCAUGUAGAUGCACAUAGCACAUCUUAAAAAAAAACUGACGUAAGACCAAGUGCAUUUGGCCUGCUAUUGUGAGGAACCUCUCACCUGCUGUAUUUUCAAUCAUGAAUAUCGGGAGGCUUAGCAAGGUGAUAUGGUGCUGACUGAAUCCUUCAUUUUAUUUUGUAAAUGUGAUAUACCUUUUAAAAUGAAAACAAAAUCCAUGUAGUUGAGAGGCAAAAGCAAAUAAGCUUGGAUAAUGUAUAUAGAAAGUGCUGGAAAAGCUUAUCAGGAAUGGCAGCAUCUUUGGAGAGAGAAAAGCAAAAUUAACAAUUUGAAUCAAAUAUGAAGUUUUCCAGCACUGUCUGUUUUUAUUUCAGGUUUACAGUAUUUGUGUUCAUUCAGAGAAUCUUGUUCUCAGUUUGUUUUUAGUGCUACGCUUCGGGUUUUGAAGUAAUGUCGCUGGAUUAGUUCUGGGGAUGUGGGUUUGAGUCCUGCCUUGAAAGCUGGUGGAACUUGAAGUCAAUUAAAAUCUGGAAUUUUAAAAAAAUGCUGGUCAAAUGGCACCAUGUAACCAUUGUCAAUUGUUGGAACACCCAUCAGGUUCAUUGUAAUGUUCUUUAGGGAAGUGAAUCUGCCAUCCUUAUCUGAUCAGGCCUACAUGCACCUCCAGAUCUACAGCAAUGUUUUGAAUCUUAACUACUCUCUGGACAAUUAGGGAUGGGCAAUAAGUGCUGGCCUAGCCAUCGAUGCCCUCAUUCCAUGAAAGAAUAAAGGAGCCAAGAAGAAGGUGCUGGACAUAGACCCAAAGAUGGGUUUACCUUACCUCCAUUCCUCCUCCCUCCACCCUUCCGAUCCUCUAGGCAAAUGUUCCAUUUGGUGUUUCCUUUCUUUUUACAAUUUUGUGAGUAAAAUAUGAAUCACAAGGAAUUUAAAGUGCAAUCACGGGCAUAUUUAACACCGUGGUGCUAGCAUUACCUAACUGGAUGAUGCCUUGUUAAGCACUUUCAAAUUCAUCAUUAGCACGGUGGCUCAGGGGUUAGCACUGCUGCCUCACAGUGACAGGACCUGGGCUUGAUUCCACCCGCAGGUGACUGUCUGUGUGGAGUUUGCACAUUCCCCCUGUGUCUGCUUGUGUUUCCACAGGGUGCUCAGGCUUUGUCCCACAGUUCAAAGAUGUGCAGUUUGAGUGGAUUGGCCGUGCUAAAUUGGCGCGUAGUGAUCAGGGAUGUGCAGUCUAGGUGGACUAGCCCUAGUAAAUGCAGGGUUAUGGGGAUUGAGUGGUGGUGCUGUGUCCAGGUAGAAUGCUGUUUGGAGGGUCAUUGCAGACUUGAUGGGCCAAAUGGCCUCUUUCUGCAUUUUUAUAGUAUCUCUUGUAGCAUUUUUACAAUUCUAUAUAGCAGAUCAGAGAAUACUCAAAGGGCAUUUAUAUGUAUAAUAACCAUUAAUUAUAGCUACUGUGAUAUCAUUCCCUCAGACAAAUAUCUGACUUAUUAUGGGAGAAGGUGUAAACAAUACAGGUUGUAUUCUAGCAGCAAAACAGGGAUUAAAAGUAGGAUGGGACAUUUUCUUAGAGAUUUUCAUCAGACAUUGAAUUCUGGAAACUUUUUAAAUAAAUGCUUGGAUUGUAAUCACGAGUGUGAAACAUGAAGGUGGACAAUGUAAUAAAUUCUGCUUAUGUCUGAAUUUUGACAUGUAAAUCUUCUUCAGCUGCUGACUGCCUCCUGCUUAUGUCUAUACCUUUUGUAUUCUUGUGUAUGUAAUGUAACUAGUAGCUUAAAAAGUGUUGACUUGUUUUCAACACCACAUGAAAUAGACCUGCAGGAAUAUUUUUUGUGUUAUCAUUUACAUCUAUGCAAUCUGCAGACUGACAAGAUUGAAUCAGAUUGGAUUCUAUUUUAAAAGAAAAUUGAAUUACUCAGUCUCCAAAAUUUACCUUUCCAAUUGAACCUUCCAAAUUACCUUUACAUAUUAAUGCCAGUGAAGGUCAGGACUUUUAUUGCAUGAAGAAACCAGAGACCCUGCAUUGUUCUUCUUUAUUGUUGAGAAGUUGAAGAUGAAAUUUUAUAGACCAGUUUGAAACGUAGGAGGUGUUUUGUUUGAGUAAGUAAGGAGAAACUGUUUCCACUGACAGGGCUGGUCAAUUAUCAAAGCUAAUUUAAGGUAAUUAUGAAAGGAACCAAAAGUGGCUAACAGGUAUUUUUUUCAUAUGCUGAAUUAUUAUCCUAUUCUGGUAUGCACUGCCUGAAGAAAGGAGGAGCAGACUCAAUAGUAGCUUUCAAAAGUGAAUUGGAUAUAAACUUGAAGGGGAAGAAAUUCAGGGCUAUGGGAAUGGAAUGGGAAUUUGGAAUAAACUGGCACAGACAUGACGGACUGAAUGGCCUUAUUAUAGUCAUAUAAGAUAGACUGAUUCUAUGUUUAUACCUGUAAUUAUAACUUCAUGAAUUUGUAGCAACUGAUUUCGGGACUGUGACCCUUGUGAACUCUACAUAAUGUCAGCCGUGAACAGUUGGUCCAUUUCAACAGAGUUGUUUCACUUAACCUAUUUCAUAAACAAAAGUUCCAUUAUUAAAAAAUCCAGAAUAUUCCUCACCUGAUUCAUGUGCUUCCGUUACAAAACACAGUUCCUGGCACUGUUUGUGAAAGGUAUCCUCAGACUAGUGUUAACUUGAUAUUUGUGUUAGGCUUUUGAUGCGCUGUGAAGGUGCACUCCACAUUGUUUAGCUGAAGCUCACACACAAUUUAGCGCACAAGGAGAUUUGCCAUGUCAGUUUGCUUCACAAACUAAUGGUGAGCGACUUGGAGAGGAACUUAGAGCUGGUGCUGUUUCUAGGCAUCUGCUGCCCUUGUCCUUCUAGAUGGAAGUGGUAGUGAGUCUGAUAGGUGCUGUCUAGGCGGCCUUAUGAAUUUAAUCAAUGCAUCUUGUGGAUAUAUGGCUGCUAUUGACAAAACUGAAUUUACGGUUACGCCACUUGUGGGAUUAUCUUGCUGACUACUGUCAGAAAUUGUUUUGAAACAAUUGCUGGGAAGCAAGCCAAUCUGUUCCACAGUUUUUGAGUGAUGAAAUUGACUAAUGUGUUCACACAAAUCCAUUGCUACCCCCAGUUUUCAAGUAAAUCUGUAUUAAAACGUCUGCAUGCUUAAAACUACAUGAGUUUGUUUAAAGUUUAGCCUUUUGUUCUGUGAAUUUUGUCAGAAGUCACAUGACACCAGGUAAUGGUCUUUGAUGAUGGAGCUAUGCUCUGCAACCUUGUGACUUCAAAUAAACCUCUUUGGAGUAUAACCUGGUGUCGUGGGAUUUCUGACUUUGUCCACUCCAUGGCAUCUCAACAUCAUGUGAAUUUUGUGUUAGCAGUCUCUCAAUUUAUAGGCUUCUUGCCUGUUGUGUAAGAAAGUUCUUAGAUCCUGAGCACCAAAAUCCAUACUGUCACGUAGGUGGAAUACUGAGGGAGUGCUAAACAAAUGGAGGUGCUGCAUUUCAGGUAAAGUGUUAAAUCAAAGCCUCUAUUGCUCUAUAACAGUAUAUUUAUCUUUAUCAUUCAUUCAUGGCAUCUGACUUCACUCACUGGGUUAGCAUUUAUUGCAUCCCCUAUUGUCCUUAGUGAAGUGACGAUGAGCUACUUUCUUGAGUCACUGCAGCCUCUUUGGGGUACGUACCCCUACUGGCUUGUAGAGGACCUUGCAGGUGUCGGUGUUACCUUGUAUCUGCUGCCUUUGUUUUAUUCUAGGUGGAAAUAGUUGUACAUUUGGAAGCUGCUGUCUAAAGAGCCUUGGUGAGCUUUUGCGUGCAUCUUGUAGGUAGCGUACACUGCUGCCACUGAAUGUUGGUGGUGGAGGGAGUGGAUGCUUGUUGAUGUGGUUCCAAUCAAAUGGACUGCUUUGUCCUGGAUGGUGUCGGGCUUUUUGAGUGUUAUUGGAGCUGCACCCAUCCAGGCAUGUGUGGAGUAUUCCAUCACACUCCUGACUUGCGCCUUGUCGUUGGCUGACAGGAAUCAGGGAGUCAUGAGGUGAGUUACUCACUGCAGGAUUCCUAGCCUUUGAACUGUUUGUAUAGACACAGUAUUUAUAUGGUUUGUAUAGCCCAGUUUGUAGUCAUUGUUAACACCCAGGAUGUUGAUGGUGGAGGAUUCAGCAGUAGCAGUGCAAUUGAAUGUCAAGGGGGCAGUGGUUAAAUUCUCUCUUGUUAGAAAUGGUCAUUGUCUGGCACUUUGGAUAUGGAUAAUAAAUUAAUGGCACAAAUUUUGAAGAAGAGUAAGCAGGUUCUCCUGGUAAUCUGGCCAAUGUAUAUCUCAACCAGCAACACACAAAUAGAUUUUCUAGGCAAUAUCCCAGUGCUAUUUGUAGAACUUGCUGUGUGCGAAUUGGCUGCUGUAGUUCCUAAUUCCCACGGGGAUCUCAUUGGCUGUAAAGUGCUUUGAAACAUCAGGAGGCCAUGCAAAGUGCUAAAUCUUACAUACAAAAAUAAUGAUCUAAAUGCUGUCUUAAAAUUUCAGCCCGCCAUUAUGAAAUAUGCAAGAGGAUAGCCAAUAAAGCUAUUUUCUGUGUAUUAUCUAGAAUUUGCUGUGUUCUGAUUGGAUUUAAAAAAAGUGAUCAACACAGAACAUUCACUCUCAGCAUAACCUGGCUUUAGCUGGACAAAAGUGAUGGCCAGAAACUGUCGAACAUUUCUGUUACCCUGUAAUGUCAAAGAUUUGAUUUCGACCCGGAUUAAAGGUAACAAUAGUAAAAUAUUCUCAAUUGCCAAAUUCCAACUGCUCUUUACCCAUUAGACCAUAAGAUGUAGGAGCAGAAGAAGGCUAUUCAGCCCUUUAAGUCUGCUCUGCCGUUCACAUCCCACUUUCCUGCCUUUUCCCUAUAACCCUUGAUUUCCUUACUGAUGAAAAAUUUGUCUGUCUCAGCCUUGAAUGUGUUUAUUUUGACUCUCAUCCCUGAGCAGCCUGUGGAUGGACAUCAGUUAGCAUGAUGGGCCAUCACAGCACUAGUGGAGUUAGGGUGAGCAGCUCUGACGUACCUGUGGCAAUUGUAAUGAGGUCUGUAGGUGGACCUCAAGAAUAUAGGGGGUGUUAAUCUGGUUCAAUCAGGGAGCCCCAGCUAACAGAUAAGAACAGGAAUGUCCUGUUCACUCUGAGAGAGCUGGAUCAGUGUCAAGGACUCUCCAUGUCUGCAUAAAAUUUGAUUUGGUGAUGGGAUCCUAGCCACUGUGGAGUUAUUUCACUAUGAGGGGAGGUCAUUCACUAAAGCAGUAAAUUUAAAACUGUCUAUCAUGGUCAGACUUAUAAUGCUAGUGCACCACUAAUCCCCAAUCUGAUCUAGCCAAAGAAUAACUAUGCUGUACCAAUAAAAAAGAUGCCAUGCUUGUUCUGCACCUGUAUUGAAUUAUGCCAGUCUGAAGAAUAGUGGCAGAGAUAAAAUUGGACUCAGUGACAGAGAUGGAUGAAAAUCCCUUUUAAUGGUUAUCUUGUUGGAAGUGUUUAUGGAUGUUUGAGGAUGGGAUUGUACUUGGUGUUGGUGCCAUCGACAGCUGAUGUUGAGAGUGUCCCUUUAUUUCAGAAAUGAUCAUUUGAACUAAUACCCUAGCGGCAUUUGUUAUGGAAGCGCAUGCCAGAUCUAGACAGCACCAUUAUAUUGGAGGGGCAGAACUAACUUCUGAGUCCAAGGUUAAACAUUCCAUGCAGUACUGUAUUUCACUUGUAAAACUGUCAUUCUGUCAAUGUUGUAACAUUAGUUUUCUACAUAUGUCUCACUUGCCCUAAGCACCUUAAUUAUUCUGAGUAAUUGUGGCAUAUGUUGCCAUUUUAAGAAACAGUUCAAAAUAGGUCAUUGUCUCCAGGUCUUCAACUUCAUUCACUUCUGUAACAAUCUGGACUUCAGUUGAUUGUGUAUUUUGUAAUGUUUUUGGGAGACAUGUCAAGCUGCUAUAUAAAUUCAUGUUCUUCAUUCACAUUUGAAGUAUCCUGUGAUCAGAUUAACUAAGCAACUCUUUUUUUUGAGCGACAACUGUCACUGCAGUUCUUCGCAAAAAAAAAGGCUUGCAGCCUAUUGUAUGCAAGUUACUCUUUUUGACAUCAUCUCCCAGCCAACUAUGUAUGACGGCUCCAUUGGUAGCACUGUUGCUAUUAACUUAUAAUUUUGUGGUUCAACUCUCACACCAGAGACUUGAGCAAGCAAAAUUGGCAUUGUAGUACCAUACCGCUGUUAGAUGUGCCUUUUCUUUUAGGAUUAAGCACUCAAGCAAGCUUCUGUCUGCUUUCAAAGUGGACAUCAGAGAACCUAUUCGAGGAAGAGUGAGAUGUCAACCAUAUUGUCCUGUCCAGUUUCUGUCCUUCUUACUGACAUAAGGAAGAAAUGAAAUCUGCUGAUUGUCACUUUAGUGUUUGUGAGAGCUGGCCAAGUGCAUUGACUACUGUGUUUCCCACACUGUGACAGUGACCACACGUCAAUUGUUUCUUAAGCACUUUGGGACAUCCCAUCUUUGUGAAAGGCACUGUACAAAUUUCUAUUGUGUCGUUGAACCCAGAACUCUGCUUGAUUUCAAUGUCCAAAGAUAUUUGAAAUCAUUAAUCAAUGUAGACCAAUUGUUAAAUACAAUCUGCACUUAAGAACUGAGGGCUGGUUGAGCAGCAUGAUGAUUUCAUCUGGGGAAAUAUUAGAGAUAUUACAUAUGGCCUGUGCUCUCUUGGGCUAAAAAAUACGAAAAUAAAAUCGACCAAAGAUUAUACUUCUGAUCUCUUCACAUACCUUUAAUGCAAACUGAUGCUUGGAGCAGUAGGCCUGGGCUGUUGGGGAAGGGGUUGUGUGAAAUGGGAGCUCCCAUUAUGAUUAGCAUCCUCAAGGAGAAGAGCGGCAUGAAUCUAUCCGUGGCUUGUGAUAGCUUCGGCAUCAACAAUCUAUGUCACACGCUGCUUCUGUUUUUAUUCACUCAUUGGACAUGGGCGUAGCUGGCUGGCAGCAUUUAUUGCCUGCUCCUAGCUGCCGUUGAACUGAAUGACUUGCCAGGUUAUUUCAGAGGGCAAUGGAGAGUCAUUGUUAUGCGUCUAGAGUCACAUGUAGGCCAGACAAGGUGAGGAUGGUGAUUUCCUUCCCUGAAGAACAUUAUUGAACUAUGUGGGUAUUCCAUGGAAAUUGACAAUGGUUUCAUGGUUAUCAGUAGAUUCUUAAUUCCAGAUUUUUUUUAUUGAAGUGAAAUUCCACUAUCUACCGUAGUAGGAUUUGAGCAUGGGUCCUCAUUAUUGCUUUGACUGGUUUCCUCAAUAGGACCAUAGUGGAUUUUUACACCCCUCCCAUUCACUUCCCCUAAUUUACUUCUUUGAUGUCUAAUUGAAUAAAAGGUAGAAAAGAAAUACAAAAUGAAAUUCUUAAAAAAAAUUGUUAGUAACUAGUAGUAAUGCGGUGUUGUCGAUAUGCCCAUCAUAACAUUUAUGAUGGGCUUUGGAGGAAAUUCCCUGAAUGUCACCUCAGGAUUGGUUCUAGAUUUCAACUGUUGUGAAGAGGUCAUGGUAUGACAAGUGUCAACUAGCAAAAAGACUUAUGCGGAUGGAUUGCUACUGUAUAAGAUUAAUCUGGGCCAACACUGUGCAAUAUACUUUAAGAUCAUGUGAUCUUAAUGCAAUUUCUACAGAAUGAGAAACUUGCAUAACUGUCCAAGAAGCACUGUCUGCAGAUCAAAAAUUUGAUUAGAAAUGUAUAAAAGAAUAUAUUAUCCACCCAUUCAUGAAAUGUACAUUCUCCUUAAUUUUAGGAAUUUAAGAUGUGACUUGUGUUGUAGUAUUUUAAUAUAAUAAAUGUCUGUAUUUUUACAUGUAUGUAAAGAAUUACAUCUAUUUUUUAUAAAUGAAUCGUGUUAAAUCAAUGUGUUGUUUAAAGUGCAUAAGUAUUGAACACAAACUAUCUAUCUGCCUUGUCUUUAUAAUUCAGUAUCCUGUUAUAUCUGUGUCAAGCAAAAUCCACUCUUUUCAUUGUGUAAUUUAUGAAUUGCGUGCUCACCAUUUUCAUUAGAUAUCAUUUUGCUUGAAUUUUGAUGGAUGAAAGUGUAUGAAUUUUACUGUAGACUGAGCAGAAUCUUCUUGUGGCAUCGGUAGGGUUUGAGGGUGGUCUUGCCUGCUGGUUAGAGAGCUGGAAACAGAUCCUUGUCACCCCCUUCUUUGCUGAUCAGGCACAGGUGAGACCACCCAUGCCACUUCCUCUGAAACCAGGAGCUUGGCUUGGGAGGAGGCAGAAGUUCUCAGCAGCGCCACAGGGGAGGCAGUGGCUGUUGCUGGAAUAACACCCACCAGAGUCUCAAGGUGGAGAUCCAAGCUAUAGGCCUGGUGAAGAGGGUCGUGAGGGGGUUACAGUGGGAGAGGGUGGUGAGGGCAAUUGCUAGCAAGGGUAAGAGGGGAUGUCACUUAAAUACCCCAUUGCUCUGUUCAAGUAAAUGUCCAUCCUGCUUCCAAACCCAUCACCUGUGAGAGAAGAUCUUGCCUUUUGCUGCCCUAUGGCACUGUUUCUGCCCAGUAGAAUUUUCAUGGCUAGCUGUUUGGGAUGAAUGUAUGGUUUGCUGCUCGAUGGGGAAAAAUAUACUGGAGAACUGUAACUGGCAAGAAGAAUAAAAGUGAAUCAUUCACACAGACUUGUUUGUGUUUGAUUUUGAGCUGUAGAAGAUUUAUCAGAUAGGCAACCUCUAUGAGGUUUCUGGGAAAGAACACUGCACAGUUUUUUUCUUGACCUACUGUCAUAAAUUAUUUUAUUUUAAAUGUACCAGUAAUGAGAAUAUUUUCAUUGCUAUUGCUAGUGGAAUCUUCCUCAUCCCGUUUUGUGUAUUAAACCUAAUUGCCCUGGUUGUUUUUCCUUGUCAUGAGAUCUGGCCUUCAGUUCAAAGAUUUUUUAAAAAUUCUCAGCUUUGGAGCUCUGAGCUUAACCAUUUAUCUGUGCAAUAGUACAUUGGCAAACUAUGCAAUAUCAAAUCUUAAUAGCUAUUGGUUCGAUCAGACCUGCCAAAUAAUUUAAAGAACUAUAGAAAAGCUGGCAGAUUUUCCAUGCAACGUUUUCCUCAACUGGGGUGGUAUAUAAUUUAACUGUGUCUCACCCAGGUGACAACUAUUUGUCUUUCUGUAUGCGUGCAUGUCAAUUUGUAGAAUGCAAAUUUCCGAUCUAAAUAUGGUAUAAAAUGCUACAAAAUAAUCCCUUGCCAUCACGUGUCAAUUUGAAGUUUUAAAGAUUUUAGUGUUACAUUAUACUGCAAGGUGACUUUUAUAAUUAUGGUAAUGUUACAAUGUUCAAACAGUUUGUGGUCUAAUGUUCUGUUUGUAUGCAGUAAACUUGGCCAACAAUUAAAUCCUACUAAUGGGCACUUAAAAGUUCCAUUGUGUUAUUGAAGGUGGGAGUUUGCAAGAACCAAAACUGUUCAGUGGCCAAACAAAGCCAAUCUGGUUGUAUAUGGAAUGGUACCGCUGUAUUUUCUAUUUGUUCAUUGUGAAAAUAUUGCUUUAUAUUUUGUACUUUGUGAUGUCAAUAAA